UUCUAUUGACAUUUGUGUCUUAACUCCUUUCUCUGGACACCGUACUUAUUUUGCGGACUGGAAAAUGUUGGACAGAACAAUGACACGGGAAGUCGGACUACUGCUGUGUAUUUCUGUUUUUGCUCUCAGCUCGGUUGUCGGGCAGGUUAGCUACUCUAUCCCUGAAGAAAUGGCGAAAGGAUCAUUGGUCGGUAACAUAGCACAAGAUUUAGGUUUAGAUGUGAAGCGGCUGAAAUCAGGGAAAGCUCGUAUAUAUACCGGAGAAGGUACGGCAUACAUCGAGCUGAAUAAAGAAAGGGGAGUCCUCGUAAUUAAAGAGGAGAUAGACAGAGAGGCGCUCUGUGGUCAGUCGACGCCCUGUGUUCUUGAUUUUCAAAUCAUUUUAGAGAAUCCUAUGCAAUUUUACAGCAUCACUGUCGAGAUCACUGAUAUUAAUGACAACUCUCCCGGUUUUAAGAACAAAGAAAUGAAAUUUGAGAUCAGUGAAACGGUCCACAUCGGAUCUAAAUUUCUCUUAGACAAAGCUGUUGACGUCGAUGUGGGUGUCAAUGGACUCCAGGGCUAUUCACUCAGUUCAAGCGACACAUUCACUUUAAACCCGUACAGAAUUGGCAGCAGUAGAAAUAUUGAGAUGGUUGUAAAGAAGCAUCUCGACCGAGAGAAACAGGAGCGGUUAUCUUUAAUAUUGACUGCUAUAGAUGGUGGCGACCUGCAGCUCUCUGGAACAAUGCACAUUGUCAUUACUGUGUUAGACGCUAAUGACAACGCACCUGCUUGUAUUCAAGCAGAGUACAAAACUAACGUGAAAGAAAACGCGUUAAAAGGAGCUGUUUUAACCACCGUCAGCGCAUCUGAUGCAGAUGAGGGUCCGCAUGGGCACGUGCAAUAUUCGAUUUAUAAUGUUCCAGAGGGUGCACUUGAUCUUUUUUAUGUUGAUAAAGAAAAUGGCGUAAUUACGUUAAUGGGUCAGCUUGAUUAUGAGAAAUUUCGGCAUUAUGAGAUAGACGUCCAAGCAUCAGAUAACGGAGGUAACUCGGACGUGUGUAAAGUUAUAAUUGAGGUGUUGGACACAAACGAUAAUCCACCAGCUAUUAAUAUUAUGUCAACGUCAUCCAGUAUAUCGGAGGAUGUUAAGCCAGGCACGGUUCUGACAAUGAUGAACGUCCAGGACCCAGAUUCAGAUGAAAAUGGAAAAGUCCACUGCGUUUUAAAUGAAAAUUCUCAUUUUACUAUUAUAUCAACGUCCAAUAGUUUCUUUACUUUAGUAACAGAAGGUGAUUUAGACCGAGAGACAGCCUCGCAGUAUAAUAUAACAGUGACGUGCUCUGAUGAGGGAGUCCCCUCCCUCUCCAGCAGCGUCACGCUCACCUUACAGAUCUCCGAUGUGAAUGAUAACGCGCCUGUGUUUGAGAGGAGCUCAUAUGAGGCCUACAUUAUAGAAAACAACACGCCAGGUCUCUCUAUAUUCACAGUGAAAGCCAGAGACGCAGACUGGAACCAGAACGCCCGUGUUUCUUACAUCCUGGAGGACUCCUCUGUUAACGGAGUGCCAGUCUCCUCAUAUGUGUCCGUUAGUGCUGAUAGUGGAGUCAUCCACGCAGUGCGCUCUUUUGACUACGAGCAGAUCAAAGACUUCCACUUCCGGGUCAAAGCGCAGGACGGAGGUCCUCCACUCAGUAGCAACGUGACUGUGAAAGUACUGAUCCAGGACCGGAACGACAACCCUCCUCAGGUGCUGUACCCAGUCCAGACUGGUGGCUCUCUGGUGGCUGAACUGGUGCCUCGCUCAGCAGAUGUGGGCUAUCUGGUCAAUAAAGUGGUGGCUGUGGAUGUGGACUCUGGACAGAAUGCCUGGCUCUCCUAUAAACUGCAGAAAGCCACAGACAGGGCGCUGUUUGAAGUGGGCUUACAGAAUGGAGAAAUAAGAACUAUCCGCCAAGUCACUGAUAAAGAUGCCGUGAAACAAAGACUGACUGUUAUCGUGGAGGACAACGGGCAGCCCUCUCGUUCAGCUACAGUCAUUGUUAACGUGGCGGUGGCAGACAGCUUCCCUGAAGUGCUGUCUGAGUUCACUGACUUUACACAAGACAAGAAGUACAACGACAACCUGACUUUCUACUUAGUGCUGGCUUUGGCUGUAGUUUCCUUCCUCUUCAUCACGUGUUUAGUGGUGAUUAUAUCAGUGAAGAUCUACAGGUGGAGACAGUCUCGCGUCAUGUAUCACUCCAACCUCCCCGUGAUUCCGUAUUAUCCACCACGUUACUCAGACACUCUGGGGACAGGGACUCUCCAACACGUGUACAACUACGAGGUUUGCAGGACGACUGACUCCAGAAAGAGUGACUGUAGGAUGGGAGGAGCCGGUAGUCAGAACGUGCUGAUAAUGGACCCCAGUUCUACAGGGACUAUGCAGCGGAUACAGAGUGAGAAGAACAUCCUGGAUGAACCAGACUCUCCUCUAGAGGUGAGGAACAAUACUCAACGUGUUUACUCCUUCAGAUAUUUAAUUUAAUGCAAAGAUAACUUGCAUAUCGAUAUGCAUGUGGCAUGCGUUUUUGCGCGGACA